CAGUCUGCCUGCCGAGCUUCUACAGAGAGCCGAUAGAGGAAGAGCCACUGUGGGUGCAGUUCAUGUUAGCCUAAACGUUACUGUUAGCAGGCGACGCCGACAAGUUAUUCGUUGUGUGUAAUUAUAAAAUAAAUUGCUCUCUACUAAACCACGGUUAGGAGUUGUAACCGAAGCUCUCCAACGGCCGCUUCAACAAGAUGAGCUUCCUGUUUGGCAGUCGCUCAUCUAAGACCUUCAAGCCGAAGAAGAACAUCCCAGAGGGCUCCCACCAGUAUGAGCUGCUGAAACACGCUGAGGCAACACUGGGCAGCGGGAACCUGAGGCAGGCUGUCAUGCUGCCAGAGGGAGAGGAUCUCAAUGAGUGGAUUGCUGUCAACACGGUGGACUUCUUCAACCAGAUCAACAUGCUAUACGGCACCAUCACCGAGUUCUGCACUGAGACCAGCUGCUCUGUGAUGUCUGCUGGACCAAGAUAUGAGUAUCACUGGGCUGACGGCACCAAUAUUAAGAAGCCUAUCAAAUGCUCUGCGCCUAAGUACAUCGACUACCUGAUGACCUGGGUGCAGGAUCAGCUGGAUGAUGAGACACUUUUCCCUUCCAAGAUAGGAGUUCCCUUCCCCAAGAACUUCAUGUCUGUGGCCAAAACCAUCCUGAAGCGUCUGUUCAGGGUUUACGCUCACAUAUACCACCAACAUUUUGACUCUGUGAUGCAGCUGCAGGAGGAGGCCCAUCUCAACACCUCCUUCAAGCACUUCAUUUUCUUUGUUCAGGAGUUCAACCUUAUCGACAGGCGAGAACUUGCUCCCCUGCAGGACUUGAUCGAGAAGCUUGGAUCCAAGGACAGAUAGACAUUUCAUCACAUUUUCAUCACAUAUCUCCUUUUUUCAACAAUUUCCUUUUCUCCUUCUUCUUUCUUUGUGACCUCUGCUACCUCUAUGACUUCUAGUCUCAACUCUUAAAAUCUGUGCCUUCUUCUUUUAAUUUCCUGGAUGUUUGUACUGUAUUUUUCCUUUUAUUCCUUCUGUGGUGUUUUAUGCUGUCUUUGAGCCUUUUUUCCAUUUUGCCACUCUAGAUCAUAAAAAGUGUAGUGUAGUAAAAAUAUUAUUUCACAGGACUGUGCUGUUAAGGACUCUGUAAGAGCAAUCUACUGAAUUUUAUAUUGGACCAAGGAUAUUUGGAAGUUAAAGUGAAAACCAGCUUUUUUUCCUUCAGAAAUGUUUUGAUUUUCUAAAAACGUUAGUUAUUGAUAGAUAGGCAAUUUUCUUUUUAACGUUUAUAUAUUGUAAUUACAAUGACUGACCAAAUAUCCCAGUCUUAGAUUUUUUUUAAAUGUCUGUCAUUAGUGUACAGUGGAGAGUAACAGGAAAGAUGGCAAGAAAAGUAGUGGCAUGAGACAGGUCUUGGGUGGACUUUUCACCAAUGACAAUACAAGUGUGUGGAAGGUAUUUUCACUCCAACAUGAAGGCAGGCACCAAAAUGCACCGGUAUAUAGUAUAUAGCACUAUGUCACAAGCUGGUUGAUAUCUGAUACCCCACAUAUGUCAACAUGUUUCUGUUUGACAUGCUCCUUGACACAGUUGCAUGUGAAGAGACAAUUGUGAGAUGCCUUUGUUCUUGCCCCACAAAAAAUACCACCAUCGACUGCAUUAUAGCUAUUUCAAUUUGGUCAUGCAAUAUUGUUUUUUGCACAUUUUUCGGCUAUUUUCUUAAUUAAAAUAGUAAAAUGCGAGAUACAGUGCUUACAGUGAUAUUUUUAAUCUGCUUUAUAGUCAUUAAUAGCCUAUUAAAGCUUGUAUAAUGACCCUAUACAGGAGUUUUAUAGUAGAAACCAUCCUAUCAACAGCAAAAGUAGUCUAAUGUGAAUUUUUAGUUCAUUGCUGUGGUGCCGAUUAAUUGUGGAACUCUUCAUUUUUGUUCUUUCAAUGCUGGUACUUAUUAUUUUUAUACUAAAUAUUUUUCCCCUGAAUUGGAAAAUGGAGUAGUAACUAUCGCACCUGUGAACGAUAAGGAUGAGUGACCUGAGAUGUAUGUAGUUUUUCAACAGAAGCCUUUAUUAGUCUUGGUGCAUGUAUAAUUAUCAUGGUCAUUUCCUGUGCUUAACUCAGGCUACAACAGCAGGGCUGUUGGUACUGCCAUCCUUUCAAAAACUGAUGCAGCUAGUAUUUCUGAUGAAUGUUCUGUUUGGAAAAGUUUGAGCAAGGGAACUGGUCCAUAACCUACUUCAUGGUGGACCUAAAUUCAUAUUAGACAAUCAUGUAACCAAUUAAGAGCUGUUAAAUAACUUAAAUGCAUCAACAGGAACCAACCAAUGUGAUUAGGUGCAGUUUAGUGUUCAUUUUAUAAUUUACCACUUUUUAAUAAAGACUGUCCCUAUACUUUGUUGAAAUAUUUUCAACUUUAUGAAAAAAUAUGUUAAAUUCACUUUUAAGUGUGUUUUAUCGACUUUUAGUCCCUCAAGUUGUUUGGUUAAAAAAAAAAAUCAAGCCAGAAUCCAUUAUGUUACUCAUCUAUGGGCAUAUCAAUAUAUUUUGCAAGACUGAUUUAUUUUACAGAUUUUAUUUGAGUAUACAAUUAGUCCUUUCUUUCAGUCCAGUCACAUGUUUUAAUUGAUUGCAUUUUGUCACAAUUUUGUUUUUAAGUGUUUGGCAUGGAGUUACAUUAUAUAUUACAUUGUAAAAUAAAUAGUUGACUCAACCUUUUCAAAUGAGGAACACAGGCUCUGAAAUGAAUUAAAUUUUAUAUAUUUACGAUAAAGGUCCAAUCAUUGGGUGGUCAUUUUGACUGGGAGGAGGGUUGGGGAUGUAUAGUAUGUACUACGUCCGAACAUUUGCUGUAAAUAAUAUCAGUGUUUUAUCUGAACAAAACUGUGCCUUACAAAAAUGAAAAUGUCUGACAUUGACAGUAUUGGUAGAUCAAAAACUCAAUAAACACUGAAAGGACAAUGCUGUGUGGAUUUUCAUUUUGUGCGUACUGAAUGUCUGGAAGACUGUGCAGACUUCUGCAGUAGAGAUUGGUGGAUCCUGGCUUCUCUUCAUGGACUACCUGUUGCUUUUAGAAUUAAUUGAUUACUGUUGUUUUGGAUUGUAUUGAUAGCUUGGGCAAGGCCUCUCAGAGCUUUGUAAGCAAUCUAUCAGAUUUGUUACUGCCCUGUGUCCUGCUCCCACAGAUCCUCGGAGGCAUUGCUUGUGGUUGUUCCAAGCGCUAGAUUGAUAAACAAAGGUGAUAAAGCCUUUGCAGUCAGGGCUCCUAGACUUUGGAAUGACUUACCUGAGGAGAUCAGAGCAGCAAACUAGGUUUCAUCCUUUAAAUCACUGUUAAAAAAACCCACUUGUUUGAAUUUGGUUUUCAGUGGUUUAACUUAUGGAAUUUUAGUUCAUUUUACC